GUCAAGGUGACCCAUUUCGCUUGUGGACCCUCUCUCCGUUUUGCUUUGAGUCCUUAUAAGGUAGCUAGCGUUGUAUAUUGGGAAUGAGGGAAAAAGAAAGGGCUCAAAAUGAUCAAAGCAUAAGCUGCGCGCAUGUUCUCUUCCUCAUCGAUUUCCUCUGCCAAUUUUUCUUCGGUGCUCUCUUUUAAGCAUUAAUCCUCUACUCUGUUCAUUAUUGGUCGUUACCAUUGUUGUAAAGAGGCCAAGCUGGACCUCUCCAUAGCCUGUUUUCUUUCUUUCUUUCUUUCCACUUCCAAACAACUACUUUCUUUUUGCCCACAGAAAACAACACCCUCUCGGCUGGCCCAAUAUCCAGACAAUUAUCAGCAGGGUGACCAAUAACAAUGAGUAGUGAACCGCAUAACUCAGAAACAGAAAGCAGCUCCAACUCAUUAUCAUCUAAUCCACCAUCCCCAUCUUCGCCCGGAGAUUCCAAACUGCAGUCACCAGAGUCCAGAAAAAACAAGCACAUGAUCCGGGACUCCGCCAAGAAACCAGUAUACCGCGGCGUCCGCAUGAGAAACUGGGGAAAAUGGGUGUCCGAAAUCCGCGAGCCUAGAAAGAAAUCCCGCAUUUGGCUCGGCACUUUUCCUACCCCGGAAAUGGCCGCUAGAGCCCACGACGUGGCUGCUCUGAGCAUCAAAGGAAACUCGGCCAUACUCAAUUUCCCGGAGCUCGCCCACUCACUGCCCCGCCCGGUCUCGCUCGCUCCACGUGACGUGCAGGCCGCAGCGGCCAAAGCAGCCCAGAUGGAUAAGUUCGACUCGCCAUCGUCGUCGUUGUCGUCGCUGGUUUCGGGGAUGGACUUGUCGAAAGAGUCGGAGGAGUUGAGUGAGAUCGUAGAGUUGCCGAGUUUGGGGACCAGUUACGAGUCAGAGUACUCGGGGAAGGAGUUUGUGUUCGUGGACUCGGUGGAUGGGUGGGAGAUGUACUCGCCGCCAUGGCUGCAAAGCGUGGAGGAUGGUGGGUAUGCUUGUGAUCAAUUGGCAGUGCCAGAGAAUGGAGCACCAAAUAGCUUUGAAGCUGGUUUAUAUGUGGAAUAUAAAUAUUAGCUUAGUGGUGUAUUUUGUGAAUGUGUGUCUAUCUCAUCUUUUGUUUUCUUUUCUUGGUUUUAAGCCCUUUUACUUUUUCUAUGAAGGGUUAAAAACUCUCUCUUUUUUGGCCGUCUCUCUGUGUUUUGUUUAUGUAACCUCUUCGUCAUCUAACUGUACAGCUUAGUUUUAGGUUCCGAAAAGGAAAACGCAUUAAUUUCGUCGCCAUGUUUGUUGCAAA